UCUUUUUCAGGUUCAAAGUCACUAUCACUGGAGUCGCUAUUGUCGCUUUCUGGAUCACUGGUUCAAAAAGAUAUGAACAAAGUGGUAAGAAAAAUACUGUAUGCACUAAGCAGUACGAAAUUAUAAAAAAGUCAUUCAUCUGAUCUUCACCUUUGAGGAUGAUGAUUGAAAGAAAACACUUUUCUGCCAAAAUAAAAUGGGAGGCCCUUAAUAAAUUUGUAUACUGUUAGGAUUACUUUCCAAAGUCGGGGCUUCCAAGAAGACAAAACUCACUUGACUGGUUCUUUUUGAACAGCCAUUUUCUUUGCUUGUCUAUCAAUCAAACUUGUCCUACUUCUUGUUUUCUUCCAUGAAUAGUAAUACUUGACCAGAGUGGCAAUUGAUUUAUCUGGUAACUGACAAGAAAAAAAAGACAAAGGUUUCAGAAAAAACAAGUUUCGAAAUGCACUCAAAUAACUUUAUUACUAUAAUGAGAGGAGGUGUAGUAUGUCAAUUUUUUAAACUGUAAUUUAGAAUGCAUUACAAUCCAUUAGUUCAACAAAAAUGCCAAGAAAUGCAUGUGCUAUGAUUAGUUAGUCAGACUGAUUCUCGGGCAUUAUAUUUCUGUGAAGCAUGUGUGUCACACACAUGCUUUACAGAGAUAUUCAAGCAUGCAAGCUACAUCACCAAUAAUUCAUUAACCAUUUUAUAAAAAUAUAAAGUACAUAUGACUUGGUAAUUACUAAGACAACACUCAAGAAGUGUGAGAAGCACUGAAAACCUAAUUGACAACUCUCUCAUGUCUUUAAUAAUCUACAUGCUUAUCUAGCUCAACAAUGCACUCAUCCCAUUUUUUUAUUUUGUACUAUGGCCAUGUCUGGUAUUUUUCCAUCUUAAUUUCACGCAACCACUUGUUUGAAGUUCCUUCAAUUUGAAAGUAAUUUUGCACAUUACCAAUUAAUGGCUCAAAAUAAUUAAUAGUGACAGACUUCCUUUCAAGUGCUCAACAAUGUCAAUGAUGUACUUACUAUUUGCUGAAUUCGUUUGAAGCUUUUUCCAUGAGAACUGUAAGCUUGUUCAAACAGGAUCUUAUCUUCCAUAGUCCACUCAUCUAAAACGAAAGUAGUUAAAGUUAACUCAAGCAGUCACCUUUUGCAUUGUAAAUGGUAAAUGCUUUGUUUACAGUGGGAGAGUACUUGGUUGUGACAAAUGUUAAUAAAUUGAUUGAUUGAUUACCUGGGAAUGGUGUAAAGUUAGCCAAAUCAGUUAGUGAUUUCUCAAGGUUAUGCUUGUGCCAAAACAACAUUCCUAAUGCCUGAAAAUGACAAAACAUUAAUUUUAUUAUACGUUACACUUAUAAUAGCAAAAGCCUUUAAAUUGCAUGAUACAUGUACAGCAUGUAUGCUGUAACAUUACACACCCACGAUCACUAUUCACUGCAUCAAUACACAGCAGAUAUGUGAGAAAAUACAUGAACAAGGCAAGUGGAAGCGUGUACUGGCUGAGCAGAUAACAUUGCAAAAUCCGAAUCUGGCAGUCUGGGGUUCAAGCCUCGCCUGCCGCGUUGUUUCCUUGGGCAAGGAACUUUACUCCACUUUGUUGUGUCUCUUCAUCCAGGUGUAUAAAUGGGCACAGGCAACAUACUGCCGGGGGGAGGGUAACCAUGUGAUGGACUGGCAUCCUGUCCAGGGGGAAGUAGCAAUACACCUAGACAUGCUUCAUGCUAAGGAAACCAGGAUAAGCUCCAGCCAUGUGGGCCUUUGGCUCGUAUGCCCCUUAAACACACAUGUACAAAAUGUACAUGUAUUUCACUGGCUAAUUUCAACACCCCUUUACAAAACACUGGCACCCCUUGGUUCAUUCUAUGACAAUCCCUCCCAGAAAAAAACUGGUGACAUUUCAGUAACAUCCCAGAUCAGUUCAACAGCAUUUACACAUCUGUACAGAUUUAAACAUGUAGAUCUACAUGUAUUUAACCUUUUCAAACUUAAUAGAGGUCUAUGAAAAAAAAUUCAUAAAAAUUAUAAAUUUAAAUUUGCAUUUCUUUACUAAGAUCCAAGAAUAGAUGUUGAAUCUAAAGAAUUCACAGUCCGAAUACAUUCAUCAUCAGAUCAAAACUUACAUCAACUCAAUUUAUGACAGAGAUCUUUGGGACCCCCACUAAGUGUCCAUCUAAGAUUGAUGUCCGUCUUAUAAAGAGUAAAGUAAAAGGGGUAAAGAAAGUCAGGGACCAACUUUAUGUGUCUAGUGUUUUACCGAGGUGUCUGUCUUUCAGUCAGGGCUUCUGAUAAGUUGCGGAAAAAACAGUCAAAUUUUGCGGGAUUUUCAGAGACAGAUUCAUGGAAAAAUCAGCUGAAUUCACGGAAAUUUUCGAUGCUAACUACCCCAAAAACCAAUCAGUUAAAAACAGCCAAUUUCGUGGGAACUUUCUGGGCAAAUUUGAUUUACCUGAAUUCCGCGGCUCUGUAAGCGCAUGAAAUAUGAGAAGCCCUGUUUAGUGUUGUCUGUUAAGAAAGAGUUAACUGUAAACCUGAAAAUUUGGGUUUUUUUAUCUAUGUACUUACUUAAGCAGGGACAGAACCUAUGGUAAUCUUAGUUCCACCCUUAAAUUGUGCACUUUAUUAACUGCCUGUGAAUGUACCUGUUCAACGUUGUACCCAUGCUUGUCUUUAGCAACCAGCACAUAGUCAUCCACUAAGAGGUGAAACACAAAGCUACGUGAAACUUUAAGUCAGUGUAAUGGCAAAUCUCAAAAACCGUGUCCGAAUUUACAAGCAUAAUUUCCUAGACAAUGGGCAAAUUUUAGUCAGAUACUGUCCAAUGACCAAUACAGCUCUGUAAUCCCUUUUUUCUCUGUAUGUGUCUGAGUCACCUUCCAUGCAGUUGGAAGUGUUUUUACUUGUGCACUCAUACAUAUGCUCAUUGUAAUAUUAUUAAGCAUGCUUGCACAUUUUGGUUGUGAACUGGGGGCUUAAAUGACAUUUCACUAGCUGCGAUGUAGAGUGCCUUGUGAAGAGAAGCAGAUGCUAAGAAACUGGGUGCAAAGGAAAAGGAGUUUUCCCACUUGCCAGACAGACAAGCUGUAGCUAGCAUGUACUAGCCCAAAAAUCAUUUGAACCAGCACAAAAAACAAUAAUGAGCAGGACUGAUUGCAGUUCGUCUGUGAUUUACAUUCCCAGAAAAAUGUCACUUGCCCUUCAGGCAAGUUAAGAACAGAACUCAUUAGCCUGACAGCAGAAUCCACUAGCCCCAGGCUAACAGACACUACUUCCUCUACACACUGAGUAGACAAUAUAAGGGUACACUGCAAAUGAUCUAAUUUAUUGACACCCCUUCUCAAAAAAAUGCCUGUUGUCUAAUAAAUGCCCCCUCUACAAGGCAAAGUCUGUAUUAAAUGCCCCUCUCUAAUAAACACCCCCAAGAGAGUUACCCCAAAAUACUAGGAAUUAGCAAAAAGGAGAAAAUCAUUCAAUUUAUUUAGUUUUUUGCUUGAUGAAUGUGCAUUGCAUCUUGUUUCAUGUCAAGUUCAAAGUAAAGAUAAAGUCAGGAUGACAACACAAUAACCCUAAAAUGAGGAUUCUGAUAGUGAAAUUGAGAUUUGAAAGAGUGAAAUGGAUCUCUACACAGCCCAGAUGUAGACAUUGAUGGACUGGAUAUUUUGCUAUUAAUUUACAAACUCUCUGGAUAUGUUCAUUGAUAGUAUAUUAGUUUUGAAGAGGUCGCAAAAAAGAAAAGAAAUGCCUUUCUCUUUUAAAUGUCUCCUGAAUGUAUCUAUUUAACACUCCCUCUCAGAUUGUUAAAAGUAAAUCAACACCCCGCAUGUCUUUUUGAUCAUUUAUGCUAUAAGACUGUAUUAAAUAAUAACACCCACAUUUUGAAUUUGGGAUUUCCUCUACAGGUGCCCAAACAAGAAGUGCAUUGUGCCGAAGGUUUGGGUCAUGCUUGGCCUCUUCUUUGUCUGAAUAAAAGAGAAACAAAAGAUCCAUGAAUAAUAGAAUAGAGUUGUUUAUUCAGAACCCCUUGCAGCUAAGAGCUGGAUAACAGGAUUGUGUGCAAAUUACACAUAAUUAACAUUUAACUUAUGACAAAAAAUCUAAAUACUUCACAGAUACAAAUUCUAACAAUCUUUUUGUCUUACAAAUUUUGUUAUUAUAGUUCCGGCAGCUUCGUAACGAGUACGAGUGAAUGGUAGUUACCUUCCACUCAUGGCAAGGCCAAACACAGAGUUGGAUAGUUUUAAAUUACGUAUAAAUGAUUCGCAAGCAGCAGCCCUACGGUCUUCUAAAAACGGCAGGCCACUUAAUAUCAAUGCCUCAUCAUAAUGUACAUUUGGAAGAAUUAUCCUAAGGGCGCGCUUUUGAAUUCCCUCCAACGCAUCAGACAUACAUUUUGGCACCUUUUGGACUACUUUCAUACGUUACUAAUAUGAAAUUUGAGGACUGGUACUUGUGUUUCACACAGUGUAAGUGACCAAAGACUAGUUAUCUAGAUACUCAUAACAUUACACUGAGGAUUUUUUAUCAUAAAAUUGAAUAUGAAAGUAAAUGAUAAUAAAAUCAUUAUCGUUACUAUUAUCACCAGAGAUGUCCUGCUAGGGUAGAAUUCCAGCAAGGCUUACGGCCUUGAAGAAGCGACAAAAGACAGAGGAAAUAACAACAAAAAACACAAAGAUGGGUUACAAUGA